UUCUAUUUGCAAUUUACCUUUUUAAUAUUACUUAUUAAUUUGUGCUUGUAAUUUAUCUCGUAUAAAAAUUCUGCAUUAUCCACUAAUCAGCAUGGAAGCAGUGUUUUGGGAUAAGCCCGAAACGUCUUACUUAAGAGAGAUAAGACUGGGGCGAUUAUUUUAAAGGAGCAUAUAAAACGAUCAAGCUGGACUUACAAAGUAGCAGUUGAACACCAGACGUUACAAGCAAAAUGCAACAAAUCAUUAUAUUCAGCGCCAUUUUGGCAGUCACCCUCGCCGCGCCAGGCUACCUAGGAUACAACGCCUAUGUACCUCUUGGCAAGUCGACCAUCACAGCAAGCAGCCAAUCUAUCGACCACGGAAGCACCCACGUCUUACACACGCCUGUGUUGGCGACGCACGAAGUUGAAUACCACGUGCCCUUGGGAAAGACAACUGUCACAAAGAGCAACCAAGUUGUAAACCAUGGAAGUACCGCAGUGGUCCACACCCCAGUGGUCCAUGCCCCAGUGGUCCAUGCUCCAGUGGUCCAUGCCCCAUUGUUCCAUGCUCCAUCUUACUACACCUCAUAUUCCUCCCCGAUAGUCUCGUACAAAACUGGUGACUCCGCUAUAAGUCAUCAAAGCUCAACUGUGCACGAAACUGUACCGGUUGUUAACUCAUUACCGCUGUACGCUUCAUACCACUGAUAUUGUUUUAUAAAUAAAUUAUUUUGU